AUGCUGGAGACCAUCGAGGCUAAGCCAGACCUGGACCAGAACUCCCCAAGGCUCAUUCACCUUUACCUGAAGACCUACAGGGGCUGGGGGCCCCACCCUUGCCAGCUAGGGCGGCCUACCUACGCUGAGGUCACCCACCCAGGGAUGUUUAGUUCGGAAUCGUGCAAAAGUUUUGCAGCCGCGCGCAUUUUGGGUCCCGGGGGCCUCCCUGGCUGCAAAGCCGCCAGCCUGGGGGCUGAUCGCGGUUCCCAAGGGCAGGGUGGUGGGCCACGGGGCUUCCUUCCUAGGCUCAACUGUCAAAUUCCAGCCUGGGAGUUUUUCUUCCCACCCGAAAAAAAAGGAAAAGAAAGGGGGUCCCCAGCUGCCCCCCGCCCCCGAGUCCGGCACGGGCGGGCCCUGCGCGCCGCCUCGGCAGCAGCCGAGCUUCCCCCGCCCCCCGGCCCCCGGCCCGUGGGGUACCGCGGCGGGCAGGUUGCUGCGGCUGCCUGCCCUGGGUGGGGGGCUCGAGCUGGGGGGCGCUCCCCCAGCCCUGGGCUCGGGCGUGCGGGGACUCGGGGGCAGGCCUUUCUUCUCUUGGUGCUGGUGGUGGGUGGUGGGGGGGGUCGGUCUUUCUCUGGCCGGGGCCUGGCUGGGGCUGGGGGGCUGGGCGGCUGCAGCCCCCUCCCGGCCGAGCCCGCCUGGCUCCGGGGCCGGGGCCGGGCGGUGGGAGCCGAGCUGGCUCGCUGGUUCGCUGGCUCGGCGGCGGCUCGUUUGCAUCGGGGUGAAAGUGCAAAAGGAAGUGCAGCCGCUGCCAUCUUUCCUCCUCCGCCGCGGCGGCUCCAAACGCACGGCGAGCCAGAGCCCGAGCCGGAGCCCGAGCGGGACCGGGACCGAGCCGAGGCGGGCCAAGCCAGGCUAGGCCGCAGCGCCCCGCGCCCCGCCGCGCCCGCCCGCCCUCCCGCCCGCAUUCCCUCGGGCCUCGGCCGCCCACCGGCGCUGCAGCGCGCGCCCGCCCGCCCGCCGGCACCGUCCGCCCACCCCGGCCUCGCGGGCUCCACGGCCUCGGCCGCGACCCCCCCAGGCCCCGGGCCAGCUCGGCCUCCGCUCAGCCCGGGCUCCGGCUCCUCCAGCUCCGGCUCCUGCCGCCCGGCCGUCUUUUGUUCCCGCCUCGUCCGCCCCCUCCCCUCCACGCCCGCCCCAUCUCGCGCUUUGCAGCAGCAGCAGCAGCCCAGCAGCAGCAGCAGCAGCCCGCCGCCGCCGGGCCCCGGCACCAGCCCAGGCAGCGCGCGCCCCCAGCGGCCCGGGAAAAGGAGCGAGCGCGCGCUCGCUAGCUCACGGCAGUCGCACGCCAGCGCCCCCUGGCGGCCGGAGGGGGCAGAGCCGAGCCCCACCGAGGCGAGCGCGCAGGGAGGGAGGAGGGCUCGGGCACCAGGUCCUCUGGGAGCCCAGCUCGCCAGCCCAGAGGCGCAGCCGGGCAGCCGGGCAGCCAGGCGGGCAUGUGGGCGGGAGAGGCGGCUGGCCAGCUGUAGACGCGCCUGCCCGCCCGCACGUGCAGCCGCAGUCCCAGCCGCGGCGGCGGCGGCGGCGGCGCGCCCGCUCCGCCAGCCAGCCUUGCCCCUACCUGCCCGCCCGUGCCCGCGCCCGUGCCCACCUGCAGCCAUGGAGCGGGUCAGCGACGCGGCGGCGGCGUCCUGCGGCGGCGGCGGGCCCGGGGGCGCCGGGGCCGGGGCUCCGGGCCCGUCGGCGGGCUGCUACACGUACCAGGUGAGCCGGCACAGCACGGACAUGCUGCACAACCUGAACCAGCAGCGCAAGAACGGCGGCCGCUUCUGCGACGUGCUCCUGCGCGUGGGCGACGAGAGCUUCCCGGCCCACCGGGCCGUGCUGGCCGCCUGCAGCGAGUACUUCGAGUCGGUGUUCAGCGCCCAGCUGGCCGACGGCGGCGGCGGUGCGCCGGGGGGCCCCGAGGCCGGCCCGCAGGACGUGGCGGCGGGCGCGGCUGGCGCGGCGGGGGGCGCGGGGCCCAGCCGCGAGCUGGAGAUGCACACCAUCAGCUCCAAGGUCUUCGGGGACAUCCUGGAUUUCGCGUACACGUCGCGCAUCGUGGUGCGCCUCGAGAGCUUCCCCGAGCUCAUGACCGCCGCCAAGUUCCUGCUCAUGAGGUCCGUCAUCGAGAUCUGCCAGGAGGUCAUCAAGCAGUCUAACGUGCAGAUCCUGGUGCCCCCGGCCCGCGCCGACAUCAUGCUUUUCCGCCCCCCGGGGGCCGGCGACUUGGGCUUCCCCUUGGACAUGACCAACGGCGCGGGCCUGGGGCCCGGCGGCAACGGCAUCGCGGGCGGCAUGCAGCCGGAGGACGAGGCGGCCCGGGCCGCGGGAGCCGCCGUCGCGGGCCAGGCCUCUCUGCCCGUGCUCCCGGGGGUUGACCGCCUGCCCAUGGUGGCCGGCCCCCUGUCCCCGCAGCUGCUGGCUUCCCCGUUCCAGAACGUGGGCAGCAGCGCCCCGCCUCUGACUGGCAAGCGGGGCCGGGGCCGCCCCCGGAAGGCCAACCUGCUGGACUCGAUGAUGUUCGGCUCCCCCGGGGGGCUUCGAGAAGCCGGGAUCCUGCCCUGCGGCCUGUGCGGGAAGGUGUUCACCGACGCCAACCGCCUUCGGCAGCAUGAGGCCCAGCACGGGGUCACCAGUCUGCAGCUGGGCUACAUAGACAUCCCCCCGCAGAGGGUGGGCGAGAACGGGCUGCCCAUCCCCGAGGACCCCGACGGUCCGCGCAAGAGGAGCCGCACCAGGAAGCAGGUGGCCUGCGAGAUCUGCGGCAAGAUCUUCCGAGACGUGUACCACCUCAACCGGCACAAGCUCUCCCACUCCGGGGAGAAGCCCUACUCGUGUCCCGUGUGCGGCCUGCGCUUCAAACGGAAAGACAGGAUGUCCUAUCACGUCCGCUCCCACGAUGGCUCCGUGGGCAAGCCGUACAUCUGCCAGAGCUGUGGGAAAGGCUUCUCCAGGCCGGAUCAUCUGAAUGGACACAUCAAGCAGGUUCACACGUCUGAAAGGCCUCACAAGUGUCAGACCUGUAACGCUUCCUUUGCCACCCGGGACCGCCUGCGUUCCCACCUGGCCUGCCACGAAGACAAGGUACCCUGCCAGGUGUGCGGAAAGUACUUGCGGGCGGCGUACAUGGCGGAUCACCUGAAGAAACACAGCGAAGGACCAAGCAACUUCUGCAGUAUCUGUAAUCGAGGUUUCUCCUCUGCCUCCUACUUAAAGGUCCAUGUUAAAACCCACCACGGUGUUCCCCUUCCCCAGGUCUCCAGGCGCCAGGAGCCCAUCCCGAAUGGGGGAGCAGCGUUCCACUGCGUCAGGACCUAUGGCAUCACAGAAGGCCAGAAAUGCUCACAUCAGGACCCGAUUGAGAGCUCUGACUCCUACGGCGACCUCUCGGAUGCCAGCGACCUCAAGACCCCCGAGAAGCAGAGCGCCAACGGUUCCUUCUCUUGUGACAUGGCCGUCCCCAAAAACAAGAUGGAGCCCGACGGGGAGAAGAAGUACCCGUGCCCCGAGUGCGGGAGCUUCUUCCGGUCCAAGUCCUACCUGAACAAACACAUACAGAAGGUGCAUGUGCGGGCCCUCGGGGGGCCCUUGGGGGACCUGGGCCCCGCCCUGGGCUCCCCCUUCUCUCCCCAGCAGAACAUGUCCCUCCUGGAGUCCUUCGGCUUUCAGAUCGUGCAGUCUGCGUUCGCUUCGUCGCUCGUAGACCCGGAGGUCGACCAGCAGCCCAUGGGGCCGGAGGGAAAGUGAGGCCGGCUUGUCCGCCCUGACGCAGCGGCGGCGCGGUGCUGAGGACGGGGAAGGAAGCGAUGCCGUCGGGUUCUGUAGCUGAGAGAUUUUUCUUCAUUUUUAAUCCCCAGACUCCCUCCCUCCGCCCCCCACCCCAUUCCUAAAAGCUCUUUAGAAGUAGCUUCUCAGACCGAAGCCGUACGGGACGUCUCUGCGGCCGAGGACGAGGGUUAGGACACGGGGCCGCCAAACACUACAGACGUCUCCGAGGCCACGCCUGGACCGGCUUCCUGCGCCGACUCCCCGCGGCGUCCCGGGGCCCUCUCCCCUGUCCUGCCCUCCAUCUUUCCCUCCCCGACCUCCCUCCUUCCACCCAAGAAACCGCAGUAAGUUUUCCACCCACCUGCAAACACUGAUCAAUUCCCAGCUGUUCGGAAGGACUCCGGAAGCCUGUAGCAUCUAGCCGACCACGGUGCCGUGAUCCUCCUCAGAGACUCUCAGAGAAGCUGGGCCGGGGGCUCCGAGAUUCCCCAGCCCCCCAGCCCCCCAGAGGCCGGGAGGCUCCAGCUGCCGAGGGCACCCAACAUCCCAAGCCAGUUCUCUUGCAACUUUGACCAUUCAACUUGCUGUCGGGUUUUGAUUCUCUAAUUAUUAUUAUUAUUGUUAUUAUUUUUAGGACCUGUUGUAGUGAAUUGCUACUGAAAGCCAGUCCAGGUGAUAUACAGAGCUCUUUUUAAGCAGCAGUCACAUUAGGGUUAGUAUUAAAAUUUUUUUAGGCGUAUCAUAAAUAAUAACUUGGCUAGUUGAUGGUUUUAAGUCUAUGGAAGAAAUAGUUUUAUGCAAAAUUUAAAAAAAAAAUGCCAGUCUGGUUGGGGUGGUAGAAGUGUGGUUUCUAUCUGGGUACCCCAAAGAUGGGAGAAGCCAGGAGCUGGGGGACACUGUACCACUCGUAUGUUGCGUUGAAAUAAACCCAGUUUUGCCCAGUGAUGUGAUUUGAUCUGAUCAGACUGUAUUAAAAAAGUUAGUAUGUUA